AUGCGAUACAACUCUGAAGGAUAUUAUCUUAAGGCGCAACACUUACAAGAUCUAUACGAAACAUCCGAUGUUGGUAUCUACUCAAAAACUGUAAAAUCAAUUCCCAUGGAGAAAACCAAUGACAAUGAAAGAGGGUCGUGUUUGGAGGAUUGCAUUAGUGGACUUCCUGAUGCUUUACUUAUUUCAAUCUUGUCACUAUUGACAAUGAAAGAAGCUGGAAGAACUAGUUUACUAUCAAAAAGAUGGAGGUAUAUGUGGACUUACAUUACUGCUUUGAACUUUGAUGCCUUACAUAUUAUAUAUGGACUGAAACUGGGAGAUAAACGACUUGACGUAGAAAGGCCUUUGUAUUUGAGUUGGGUAAAUCAAGUUUUGAAAUCGUACAAUGGUCCAAGUUUAGAUGAAUUCAGAGUUCAAUUUGAUCUCGAUGAAACUUGUAGAUUUGAUAUCAACAAUUGGGUUAACUUUGCAAUGGAAAAGAGAGUAAAAAGGCUUGAUUUAGACGUUUCAAACAUUGAACAUCAUACUAGAAAGGAAGAGGAUUACAUUUAUCAUAUUACGAAUCACCCCCGUGGGUUUACUAGCUGCAAUUCCUUGACCAAUCUCCAGCUAAAAUACGUGAAUGUAACUGGACAAGUUCUCGAGUACUUUUUAACUAACUGUCCAUUUUUGGAACAAUUGACUGUGCACAAAUCUGAUGGUCUCGUCAAUCUGAAAGUUUCAGAGUUAUCACUCAAAUUGACGCACCUGGCAAUAACUGACUGCUAUAAUGUGGAAAGUAUUGAGAUUUCUGCAAUGAAUCUAGUGUCAUUUAAGUACUAUGGACCAAAAAUUAGCUUGCCAUUCAAGAAUGUCCCGCCACCAGUGGAAAUGUUUGUCGGGGGUGAGUAUUGCGAUAAUUUAAUUUGUAACUUUUUGGAGUUUUCUAGCUAUCUUUCUCUUGAGAGUCUUACGUUGCACUUGGCCUACUAUGAUGAGAAUAGUAUUGAAGAUGUUAAAUUUCCUGUAUUUAAUAAGCUGAAGCAACUGGAGUUGAUAAUUAGUGCAGGCGAUAAUGAAAGCCUUACUGUUUUGGUUCCCCUGAUAGAGGCAUGUCCAUUCUUGAAUAAAUUUGUGUUGCAGCUGCAAUGGUUCAAGACCGCUGUGAGAAGAAAACUGGAAAGUGUUGAAAUUUGUCCCCUUCAGUACCUUAAGGUGGUGGAAUUCGUUGGAUGGGUUGGGCGUCCAAUUGAUAUUGAACUUGCAACGUAUUUAAUGAAGAGUGCUGUCAUGCUUGAGAAGAUUACUUUUGAUCCUCGCAAACCUUAUCUUAUAGGAACUCCAUGGGAGUUUAUGGAGACCAAGGGAAAAAGGGCAGCCAGAAAGCGCGCCGAGAAGCUUAGAAAAAAACUUCCUCCUGGAGCAGCUUUUGUAAUCCUUUAA